AUGGAGAUGAACGGCCGAAGUCCGCUGCACAAUACAGAGGCAGGUGAGGCGGAAGAGGAGGUAGUGGAGGUGGUGGACUCUACCUCAGGCAGUAGAGGUGGCGGUGGACUCCACCUCUACACCGCACGAUCCAGAGGUGGUGGAGGUGAUAGCGGCAGACGAGGAGGUAGUGGAGGCGGUGGACUCCACCUCGUUGAGUACACCGCACGAUCCGGAGGUGGUAGAGGUGGUGGUGGAGGUGAUAGCAGUGGACGAGGAGGUAGUGGAGGAGGAGGUAGUGGAGGCGGUGGACUCCAACUCGUGAGUCCAUCAAACGAUCCAGAGGAGGCGGUGGACUGGCGAGUCCACCGCACGAUACAGAGGAGGUGGUGGAGGCAGGCAGUAGAGGUGGACGAGGCGGUAGAGGUGGUGGUGGAGGUGAUAGCGGCGGACGGGGAGGUAGUGGAGGCGGUGGACUCCAACUCAGGAGGUGGUGGAGGCGGUGGUGGUGGAGGUGGUAGAGGUGGUGGAAGUGGUGGUGGAAGUGGUGGAAGUGGUAGAGGCGGCAGUAGAGGUGGUGGAAGAGGCGGCAGAGGUGGUGGAGGUGGAAAACCAAAGUCAAUUCAAAAUAAGCGCCUCUUGUUAAGCGCCUUCCGGAUUUGGAGCGACACUUGCUGGCAGCAACGCCGCUGUUAUGCUUGGGGUCUAGCAAUGUCGACAUUCAGAUUAUCUGCAGCCCAGGCUUUGGCUUUGCAGAAGUACCUUCUUAGCAGAGAAGAAACCUUGCCUCUUGCCCUUCAAGAACUUAUUGCAGUCCUUCCCUCUGGUGCCAUUGAUCAUCAAGCUCAAGUUACUUCUUCCUCUUCUACUUCUCCAAGAGUCAGUCAGGUUCACUCUAGACAGGCUUUAUGUCCUAGUUGUUGUCAAGCAGGUCAAAGGGGCCCUUUAAGGCAAAAUCUCUCUUCAACACAGUCCACUCCUAGGUACAGAGAAGCUAGUGUUGAUGCUAGCUUCCCAUCUUCGGCCUCUCAUUCUUCCCUUCAUCCUUCCCAGUUCCAUCCCAAGUCGAUUUCGCCUUCGCUCUCACGUUUACAUUCACCCUUGCAUCCACAUUCACAUCCGAGUUCACGUUCACGUUCGCGUUCGCGUUCGGGUCCACGUUUGGGUCCACGUUCGCGUUCGCGUUCGGGUCCACGUUUGGGUCCACGUUCGGGUCCACGUUCGGGUCCACAUUCGCGUUCGCGUUCACAUUCGGGUCCACGUUCGCGUUCGCGUUUGAGUCCAUGUUCGGGUCCACGUUCGCGUUCGCGUUCGCAUUCGGGUCCACGUUCGCGUUCGAGUCCACAUUCGCAUUCGCAUUCGCGUCCGCGUCAACAUUCUUCACAUCCGCAUUCACAUUUGCCCAUGCGUUCCCGUUCACCUUCCCGUUCACCUUUACGUCCACAUCCGCAUUCACCCAUGCAUUCCCAUUCACAUUCAGAUUCUCACUCACGUUCACACUCAGAUUCUCGCUCGCAUUUGGAUUUGGACUCUCGCUCGCAUUCGAAUUUGGAUUCUCGCUUGCAUUCAAAUUUGGAUUCCCACUCGCGUUCACAUUCGAGUCCACGCUCACGUUUGGAUUUGGAUUUGGAUUCUCGCUCGCGUUCACAUUCGCGUUCACGCUCACGUUCGGAUUUGGAUUCCCACUUGCGUUCACAUUCGAGUCCGCGCUCACGUUCGGAUUCUUGCUCACGUUCACGCUCACAUUCGGAUUUGGUUUCACAUUUAGAGCCACAUUUAGAGCCACGUUCAGAGCCACAACCCAAGAGAAAACGCCGCAGAUCUCAGAAAACCAAGGUCAAUUCAACAGACUUAACUAGCGGAGGACCCAGUGAUCCUACCUUUAUUCAUUGCCCUAGAAAAAGUGUACGUACAAGGAAGAGGCGUCGAAUCGAUCAGUAUUCAUAUGAUGACUCUACUGCUGGUCGUUUUGCUGUUGGGGACCAUGCAGCGCAACCUUCUAGAGAUGUUUCUGUGGACCUUACGAAGCAACUGGCGAGACUUUCGUUUGGCACCAGAACCUCUAUUGGUCACGAGGAUUAUCUGAGCUGGGUGUCGGAUCUAAAGGGGAUGAUAGAGGGAACGAUAGACAAUGUGAAGGACUUGGCUGUUUCUUCACUAGUCAGUAUAGCCAGGCGAUGUGAUUUAGCUGCCAAUGUCGACGGAACAGCAAGAUUUGUUCGUAUGCUGCAUGAGCUUUACUUCUCUGCCAAAGUUAAUAGUCGCUUGAAUUUGAUGAAAUUCAAAGAUAACAGUCGUCGACCGAAGCCUUCCGAAGUAUACAAGUCUCUUCAAACUCAUAGUAUUCCUGAACAUAAAAGUCGAGAUUAUAUGUCAGCUGGGAGUAGAUGGGCAUUCUUGGCUAAUGCAGGGUCACUUUAUUUAUUGCUGGUUAUUGCCUUCAAAGGAGAAGAUGAAUAUUUCAGAAAGAAAGCCUCAGUAACUGUUAUACAAGCUCUGUGCAAUAAAAUUAGAGCGCCUGAUUCAUCAGGAAUUAUGGGAGAAAUUGUUAGGUUUAACCUCAUACCGGUUCUAGCUAACCUUUGCAAAGAUAUCCCCAUUUCAAUACCGACUUUGUAUCAUAGGUCUCUUUUGAGAGAUCUGGGCCUUUCUGGUUCCUUUGAUUGCGGAGAUUUGCGAGUAAACGAUAAUUAUUUUGGAUCUUUCUUUUUUCACACCUUUAGAUCUCUUCCUAGAGAUUGGGAAGCCUGGAAGCAAUUUGAUGUGUCUAUGAAAUCCGAACAACAGACAGGAGCUGCUCAGCAUGCAUCUGCAGUUUCUGAACUGUCCUCUGAAGAAGAGACCUUCACUCCCCCUCCAACUGUUCCACCUAUUUCAAUUCUUUUUGAUCGUAUGGGCUUCCAGUCUCAAGAUUCAGAAGGAAUCCAUCAAGUUCUGUUUACGCCGUACAAACCUGCCAAAACUAAGGAACCUUUUCCUCUUGACUAUCAAGGUAGAAGCAAAUGGACGGAAAACGAAAGAUCUCUAGCUCAAGAUUGUGUUACUCCUGAUUCUUUGGAGAGUUACGCUAGCAAGAUGAACGGACGUUUCGAUAGCUUGGGACGGCUUUCCGACUCUAGGUACCUGAAGCUCAAUCGAAACAUUAUUGAAGGCAAAGUUGUACAGAUAUUCGAUGACAACAAAGAUUUACUUUAUACGUUGGACACCACUAUGCCUCAACACCUAAAAGAAGGCUUGGAAAGGAUUAUUCAGGCCUGCUUGUCCGAUACCACUGCACAGUUCACACCUCAAGAUCCUUCUUCAUCUGUUCAAACUGCUGCUUUUUCCUCUCUUCAUUUCACCAAUCAAACGCGCUAUUUAACUCAUGGAUAUGAGGCCCCUAAGGAUAUCCAUCCUUUAUAUCUUGUCAACGCCAAUGGAGGAAAGAUGAAUCACAGUCAGCUUCUGGUUCAUCCUUCUGAAGACAUUCAGAAAUUUUCCGGGCCUUUCAAAGAUUUGAAACAGAGUUUGGAGGAAACUUUACGUUGGGUUUCAGAAAAGGUUUUACAGAUUCAUCCCGAUACUUUUCAUGAGAUUUGCGCCACCGUUGAUCUUCUUCCCUUACAAGACACUUCCCCCGCUUCUCCUUUUACGAGCAUUGUGUUCAACAUUAAUAUGUUACUUUCGCUAGAUAACUCAGUUGGAGCUUGCCCUGCAACUCCUAACACUCCUCCCUCCAUGGAGCUAGAUUACAACGAUACCUACGAUGAUGAGGAUGAUAUAUGGGCCAAUACUAUUUUUCCCGAGGACGCUGUAACCAAUCCUAUGGCACCUCCACCGGAAAAACCAAAACGAGGAAGAAACAAGAAGGCUAGCACUCAAACUAAGGGCCAAAAAAAAAUGAACGAAAUACCGUCAGCCUCUUCUUCCUCUUCCUCUGUUCCAAAUAUGCUGCCUUUGGUUUCUCCAACAUCUGGUUAUCCUCCGCCUGCUCCUUUGUCUAGUCGUCAAGUUCCACUACCAUCCAAAGUACCUAUUGCCGAAGUUAUUGCUCGAGAACAACACAAUACAAAUCAAAGUCAAGCUCAUACUUCCUUUGUCGUGGGACAAGGAGGUGACUCUUUCAACGUUGACUCACAGUUGAAUGAAAGAGCUACAAGCAUCAAUCACAGUCAGAUCCUUAGACUUCCCGAAGAUAUACGCACUGGAAAUGAUGUAGGAGAUUUUGACUAUAACGGUAACAUGGGACGAGGAUCUACAGCUUCUAGCGGUGGAAGCCAUUACUAUGGCUCACAACCAGGCCCCGUAGUGGGUUUUGGUAGUGGUAACGCAAAUCUUGACGGUUAUGGAGGGGGCCAUGGCAGAAACUAUGGAGCGUAUUCUGGAGACUAUAAUAGAGGCUACGAAAACAGCUAUGGUCAGGGAGGGAGAAGCGAUAAGGUUGAUGACGGUGGAUAUAUUGCUGGACAUAAUAUGAGCUUCGGAAGAAGUCUUUCUGGUGUACAAGGCUAUGGAGAAGGUUAUCCGGGAGUAGAUGGGGGAGGAUAUAGAGGGGGAUAUACUGGUGGAUAUGGAGGUAGAUACGGAGGUGAAUAUGGAGGUGGAUACAGAGGCGAAUAUGGAGGGGGAUACGGAGGGGGAUACGGAAGUGGAUACAGAAGUGGAUACGGAGGUGGAUACGGAGGUGGAUACGAAUAUCAGCGGGAUGGUUCCACCUUUCCUCAUGCAGAUGGUGUGAAUAUGGAAGCUCUGGUUGGGGUCCACAAAGAAGUCGGCUAUGCUAGUUCUUCGGUGGACAACAUACCAAGUCAAGAACAAUCUCAAAUAAGUUUCCAUUCAGAGGGAACAGCUUACAGCCCCCACUCAGAUACCCAAAAGGUGCCAGAACCUGUUGUGGAGGGAGAAACCGAAGUCCUCAAGAAGAGAAAGCGAAAUCUUCCGAAGCCUCCAAACCCUGCAAUUCUUAAGAUUCACUCAAAAAGCCAUGUUCCUACUACAGAAGAGGACUUUAUUAACGAAGAACUGGCUGAGUUUGAACAUGAUCGUUAUGCAGAUGAUGAGGAUGAUGAGAACACAGACGCUGAGGAUGAGGAUGCCGAUAAUAACGGAGAAGAUGUCACUCUAACAUCUCGGGAAUAUAAACGCAGGCUAUGCUUCUACAUAUUAGGAUCUAUUUCGCGACCAGUAUCGCGUAUAGCUUCUCGCCCAGCUUCUCGCCCAGUUUCACGCCCAGCUUCUCGCCCAGCUUCUCGCCCAGUUUCACGCCCAGUAUCUCGUCCAGUAUCUCGUUCUGUAUCUCGUCCACUUUCUCGUCAAGCUUCUCGUCCAGUAUCUCCUUCUCGUCUAGUAUCUCAUCUGCCAGCUCAUCCUGUUUCACCUAUUUUGGCUGUUCCUUCAUCAUCAAAAGACCAGGAUAGUUCAAACACUUCAAAGGCUUCUAAAGGACGCAGGUCUAAUUCUACAAAAGAUCCAACAAAACUCUCUUUCUAUACGCCACAAGUGAAAAAAGUAAUUGCAGGCUCACAAUUAUUUAUGCAUAGAACUAUGGUUCUUCAAGGACCUUUUUUGACGAUGGAGAAUCAUGAAACACUACUUGCUAAUUGUCUAGACCGAUCAAUAGAGGAAAGAGGAGAAAAGGGUGUUCAUGUUGAAGCAGGUUACAUCAAAGAGCACCGCGAAGAUAUAAUUACUUUUGCAAGUCUUCUCCUGUACAAAAGCCAGAGUAGUUUCAGAAAUACUCUGAAGAGACUUGCGGAACCUAUGGUGGUUAGCCACUAUGGUUUACCAUUGCCGAAAGAACAAGAGCCAACUACUGGUUUCAAUGCCUCUCAACUUAACGAUUUAACUGUAGCUUAUGUGAACAAGCUUUUGGAGAAAAGUUUUUUCUUGCAAGAUGGACGGGAUGCCAACGGACGGGUUAAUAAUUUUGCACAUCCAUGUCUCAAAGAAGUCGUGAAGGUUUUGUUUUAUACAAGUAACAAAGCAUUAGCGAAAACCUUUCCAGAUGAUUUCAAGGCGGAGGUUCCUCACGGAGCAAUUGUUUUAGCUUCUAUGCUUGUUGAGUUGACUCUGCCUAUAGUCGCCUCAACUUUUGAUUCACUAUUGAUAUUACAGAUACGAUAUUGUAUCUCCAAGUACGAAGAUGGUCCAAAAGCCAAGAAUAUCGAUUUUACUACAGCCUCAAACCUCGAGUACCACAAGCUAUACAGUGAUAUGAUUAUAAACAUGCUCAGGGAGCCUUAUCAUGCUUCUAAGUUUAACUUUGGAGGCAAAUUUGGAGAGAGGGAAGACUCAAACAGAUCAUAUCGACCUUUCAUAACCUUGGAAGGUAACCAACAACUAAUAAUCGCCCUUUCACAGACUAAUAAACCGGAUUCCCUAUAG